AUGGUGGACCACUUACUUCCAGUGGACGAGAACUUCUCGUCGCGGAGACGCCCUGUGGGCUAUCUGGGUGACAGGCUGUCUGGCCGGCGUGCGUACCACAUGCUGCCCUCACCCCUCUCUGAAGAUGACAGCGACUCCUCCAGCCCCUGCUCCUGCGCCAGCCCUGACUCGCAAGCCCUCUGCUCCUGCUAUAGUGGCAGCCCAGGCACCGAGGGCCAGGACAGCAUCUUGGACUUCCUGCUGUCCCAGGCCACGCUGGGCAGUGGUGGUAGCGGCAGCGUUGGGGCCAGCAGUGGCCCCAUGGCAUGGGGGACCUGGCGGAAGGCGCAGGCACCUAUGAAGGGGGGGCAUUUCUGCUUCCCUGAGUUUCCUGUGGGUGACCCCAAUGACGUCCCAAGGCCCUUCCAGCCCACCCUGGAGGAGAUCGAAGAGUUUCUGGAGGAGAACAUGGAGCCAGGGGUAAAGGAGGUUCUGGAGAGCAACAGCAAGGACUUGGAAGCCUGCGGCCAGCUCUCAGACGGGCCACACAGGAGUCACCUCCAUCCCGAGUCGGGGGGGACCAAGCGCUGCACUCCUCCCCCAGACGGCACCAGUGCGGGCAGUGCCCAGGGCCCAGGGGCGGUCCCCUCACCCGAUGGCCCCAUCCCAGUGCUGCUGCAGAUCCAGCCCAUGCCGGUGAAGCAGGAAUCGGGCACAGGGCCCGCCUCCCCUGGGCAGGCCCCGGAGAACAUCAAGGUUGCCCAGCUCCUGGUCAACAUCCAGGGGCAGACCUUUGCGCUCGUGCCCCAGGUGGUACCCUCCUCCAGCUUAAACCUGCCCUCAAAGUUUGUGCGUAUCGCCCCCGUGCCCAUCGCUGCCAAGCCCAUUGGGUCAGGAUCCCUGGGGCCCAGCCCUGCUGGCCUCCUCAUGGGUCAGAAGUUCCCCAAGAACCCAGCGACAGAACUCAUCAAAAUGCACAAAUGCACUUUCCCUGGCUGCAGCAAGAUGUACACCAAAAGCAGCCACCUCAAGGCCCAUCUGCGCCGGCACACUGGAGAGAAGCCGUUCGCCUGCACCUGGCCGGGCUGCGGCUGGAGGUUCUCACGCUCCGACGAGCUGUCGCGGCACAGGCGCUCGCACUCGGGCGUGAAGCCCUACCAGUGUCCCGUGUGUGAGAAGAAGUUCGCGCGGAGCGACCACCUGUCCAAGCACGUGAAGGUGCACCGCUUCCCACGGGGCAGCCGCACGGUGUGCGCGGUGAACUGAGCGCCCCGACCCCCACCCACAGCCCCGCACGCCAGCCUUUCAGCAAUAAUUUAUUUGCCUUCUUCAGAGGG